AUGAUGGCUCUAAUUAUAACCCCUGAUGAGCCCUCGACAAACGACAUUAACCACUGCACCAGCUCCAACUGUCUCGACGUUGACUCCUGUCCUAAACCCUAUUGCAAGCCUCAAAACACCUAUAUCGGGGGCCAUUCCUCAACUUCUGUGGUCAUCAGAACUCAGGAGGAACUCGAUCGAGAGGGCAUGGAGCAAUCACAUGUUAUCCGUAGAAGACCAACGUGUAGGUUCAUGAACACGGCAUUCUUCAAAGAUUUAAAGGCAAUUGGUGGAGCGGAGGAUCAAGAGGCGGAGCAGAUAGAUUCUGAAGAAGAAGAAGAGGAAGAAGAAGACGACGAAGACGAAGAAGAGGAUCAUCGUCCUCUGCAACUGAACCCCCUGGGAAAUGAUCUUCCGCCAGGACAUAACCCUCCACUUGGAUUCGGGCAUCCGUCCUGGGAGCCUAUCGGGGAUCUCGCUGUGCAGGAAGCGGAGGAAAUUAUUUCCAGUCUCGAAAUGAUUCCCGAAUUACCAGAACCUCCGGAUAAUCUAUCGGAGCGUCUUCUAUACAUCGAACGGACCAUCAGCGCUUUGAGUGGGGAGACCAAACACUCCGACCCCAGUGGAUCUCAAACCCAGUCUGAAGGAUCACAAUCUCUAUUUGACGAAUUGUUGACUGCAUCUGAUGCCUCUUCCCAAACUUCCUGGGUGACGCAUGUUACCUCUGAGCACCGUCCGUUGUGGGGGGAAACCAAACCAAUUGGCACCAAGCUCAUUGUUUCUCGAUUGAACGAGGAGGAGCCUAACGACCCAGAGGACCUGAAUUUGUACUAUCUCCCGGACUUGAAAGAGUGGCGUCCAUUCCCUGUUGAGGUUGAGGUUUGGAAUGCGCCGGAACCUGUCCAAGUCUUGAAGAAAAAGUCGAGGGUUAAGCGCAUUGCGAGCGCGGUUGUGACGAGGAUCAAAUGCGGUGCUUAUGGCUAUCAUUCUCAUGCUCCUCUUGAUAAGAGGCUCAUUUCCAUGCCAGUCGAAGGAUCCAAGAGAGGGAUGAUUGAAGCUCUUCUUGAGGACAAGUAG